CGAUUCGGUAACGAAGCGGGCCACCUGUGAAAAGUAACAUGGAUCCCCAUCUCCAGACCCUGAGCUAUACGAAUAUCUCAUUAUGCUUUUUGGUGCGAAGGAGUGUGGUCGCCUCUUGUUUACCUUUUUUGCGUGUUCACAAUGUCGUCAAAUAGGAAACGUGUGAUUAUAAUUAAAGAAAAGUUGAAGAAAUUAGAGGAAAUGCUACUGGACGUCUCUACAAGUGGGAGUGACCAGGAUAUAGAACCCCGUAGAAAGAGAAUUCGCCACAUAAGUGAUUCCUCAUCAGAUUCGGUUCACAGCGAUGUUAAUCAGGGUAAUAUCGUAGAGGUCGAUGUUCACAGAGAAGCAGAACUUUCUCCAAUACCCUCUGAUAAAAUAGAUAGUAUAAAUAAAAUACUGGGAACUGAUCCAUCCAUGCCUAAGGUUAUGGGCAAGCCAGUGAGUGAUCAGGUGGCCUCUAGGCUAAAUUAUUACGCAACCAAUGGGAUGUCUAGCGAUGAAAAAGAAAAAAUAAGACUCGAGUGGCCAACAUCUGAAAACUGCCUCUCUUUCAACUCACCUACCUUAAAUCCAGAGAUUUUAGCACUUCUUUCGCCUACCGAUCAGAAAAAAGAUUCCUUUAUGUGUCAUAUUCAAAAUGACAUAGCUGGAAGCUUAAGUGCUUUAUCAUCAGUGAUAAGCAAACUGUUAGAUAUAGCAGACCUCCCUAAUGUUGUAAAAGAAAUAAUACCUGAUCUAAUGACAGCAGGAAAACUUCAGUGCAACGCCCAUUUUCAGUUAUCAAUGCAUCGCAGACAUCAAGUCUAUCCUCUUUUAAAAUCUGACAUGCAAAAGCUAGCUAAAGAAUCUAAAAUGGAUAAUUUUCCCUUUGGAAAAACAUUCAUGGAGAAAUGUAAAAUUAAUCAAACUAUAAAUAAAUCUGCAGUAGAGCUGCAGGUGAGUAAAGUUCCUGCAAGCAGCCAAAUCUUUAAUAGGAGCCAUUUAAACUGGCAGCGCCCCAAAACAUCUGUACGUUUUCGGAAAAGUCAGUUUGUACUAAACAAGAGAAAGGAGCCUCGAAUACAAGAGAGAAACAGAAAUCAAUGGAGAUCAUCGAGAGGGAACCUAGCCAGAUACAAUUACCGAAACCGACAAAUUCAGUAGAGGGAACCACAUCCGCUUUGGCCAAAGCUUACCCUGGUGUCAGGAAUUUUAUCAGGGAAGCUCUUGCUCCAAGAAGACUGACGGAAUCAGCUUUAGAAGUAGUUAUCUCUUCAUUAAAUCCUAAUACACUGAAACAAUACAAUACCGCCUAUAAAAAAUGGUGGGAAUUUUGCAUCCGUAGAGCAGUAGACUGCUUUAAUCCCUCAACAGCAGAUUUCGUUGAUUUUCUAGAUAAUAGUUUUAAGGAGGGUGCUAGUUAUACAACACUGAAUACGUUUAGGUCAUCUCUUAAUUUAAUUAUAAAUAAGAAAGUUGAUGAGAAAGUUAUUAGUAGGUACUUGAAAGGUGUAUUUAAGAUCAAACCUGUGUUCCCAAAAUAUCAAGCAACUUGGGACCCAAAUCCCGUAAUUGCAUAUUUGUAAUCUUUACAUCCCCUUUCUUCCCUAAGCUUUGCAGACCUAACCUAUAAGCUGGUUAUGCUGUUCGCCUUAUUUACAGCACAAAGAUUACAAACUUUUUCAAAAAUUAAAAUAGAUAAUAUUUAUCAAAGAACUGACUUCAUAGAGAUUUUAAUACCGGAUAUCCUAAAAACAUCAGGCCCCGGUAGGAUCCAACCUAGACUGAGACUCCCCUUCUUUAGAGAGACCCCAGAGCUAUGUCUAUCUAGCACAUUGAUAGAAUAUUUAAGUAGAAGUCAGAACAUAAGAAAUAAUAUACGGGAGUUAUUUUUGACCAUUAAAAAACCGUACCAUCCAGCCUCGACUCAAACUCUUUCCAGGUGGUUAAAGAAAAUUCUAGGCCUGGCUGGAAUAAAUACUGGUACAUUCUCUGGAUACAGUACUAGGCAUGCAGCUGUUUCUGCAGCCUACAGAUCAGGUACUAACAUUGAAACUAUAAGAGCCACAGUAGGCUGGUCAGAACGGUCCAACGUGUUUUUUAAGUUUUAUAACAGGCCGUUAGAUAGCAGUUUUUUCAUAAAUAGCGUACUAGCUCGUACGGAAAACAAACAACUCAGGUCGCGCAGGGAUUAAUUACAUUACUACCUACUAAAAUAUUGUGUUAGACUCUAGUUACGUUUGUUGGUCUAUAACAUAUAGGUUUAGAAUAAGGACGUUUAUACAGGGUGACUUCGAAGUUGAGUCAUUUAUUUUAACAGUGAGUAGAUCUGAUCAAAAGAAAUGUUUUUUUCCUUUACCAUUUUU